AUGACGAAUACCUUCGGCACACGCGUCAAGAACUGGGACCAUGCGGACGCGCAGAACGCGGUGAAGACACAGGCGAUUCUCAGGCAAACAUCGCGGCCCGGCGCCUUCCUUGUCGACGAACUCCCGCCGCUAGCCCGCCUGCCGAAGUGGCUUCAGCCCGGGCGGAAACGCGCCGAAGGAGCGGCGAAGCAGGUCUUGGAUAUCAAGCUAGAUCUUUGGCAAAGACUGGAGGGGCAGGUUCUGUCGGGCAAGGCGCCGCACUGCUAUGCACGCGAGAUCUACGAGGGCAAGGAGUCGUGGUAUGCCCAGGGGCUGACGGAAGAGCACUUGAUUUGGUUUUCGACCGGCAUCGUCGAGGCGGGCUUCGAGACGACGGCGGCGACGCUGAACACGCUGGUACUGCAACUUGCUGCGAACAGCAGAGUACAGGACGAAGCCCAAAAGGAGCUCAUGCGAGCUGUUGGACCGGCCCGCCUUCCAACGUUCGCAGAUAUGCGCAAUCUUCCCUACGUUCGUGCUUGCGUCAAGGAGGCGCUCCGCAUGAACCCGAUUCUCGCACCGGGCAUUCGACACUUCGCCACCGAAGACGUCCGGUACAAAGAUCACGUCAUCCCCAAGGGAACGGUGCUCCUCGCCAACACGGCCUUCUUGCACUUCGAUCCGCAGCGGUUCGAGAACCCGUUUGAGUUCAUGCCGGAGCGGUACCUGGGCCAUCCCCUGUACAGCUCCGAGUAUGCAGCGAUGAGCGACCCCUACAAGCGCGACCACUUUACUUUCAGCACGGGAAGGCGGACGUGUCCGGGUGCGCGGCUGGCUGAAAACUCGCUCGAUAUUGCACUUGCUGGCAUGCUGUGGGCGUUUGAGAUUCGGCCGCCUUUGGUGCAGGGUGUUGAGGUGGGAAUGGACUUGAGCGACAACGCGUACCCGGAUGCAGGAUUUUCCUUGCCGAAACCUUUUGCGGCAAGGUUCGUUCCGCGGGAUGAAGAGAGGCGUCGUGUUUUGGAGGAGCAGUGGGAGGUUGCGACGAAUGAAGGGUAUGAGCUGAGGGGCAUCUCGGUCGACGUUGACGGUAUAGUUCAGUACUGA